AUGCCGAGCGUGUUGCGCGGAGAGACGCAACCUUACAGGUUCCCCUUGACGGAAGCAUCAUCACCCACUCUGCCACGAAGCUCCGACAAAGCCGCCGUCCUCUACCUGCCCAUCAACAAGCUGAGUCCAGCUGGUGAAGACAUUUCUCCUCUCUUCCCCCCGCUCCGGUCCGGACACAAGUCAAAGCCUCUGCCUCUGCCGCUCGAGAAGCGGUCGGUUCCACAGCCGCAGCGCCCGGAGGCUCCUGGACGAAUCUCGCUCGGAGACACAGACAGACGGCAAGACCUGCACCUGUCCGGAGGCUUCGCGGAGACACAAGGGACAACUUCUGAGAACCGAGACCGAGAGUUGAGCCCGGUGAAGAUGAAACUGGAUGUGCUUCUGCCCGCGCUGCUGUGUGCCAUCUGUCUCCUCGUCCUGCCGUCGUCCUCUACCCCCCACAAUGACCCAGAUGAUUCGAAGCUUCUCCACGUGACCAUCUCCACCCCCCUGCCUGCGUUCGCCGCGCUGGGCGGCUCUCUGACGUUACCCUGCCUGGUGUCUCUGGCCCACCCUCCACCGUCUCCCUCCACCAACGGCCGCCACGCCGUGCUGUCUCUCCCCCGGGUCAAGUGGAGCGUCCUGACUCACGGCCGCGAGGCGGAGAUCCUGGUGGCCAGUGGAGACAGGGUGAGAGUCAGCGAGGCCUACAAGGACCGAGCCUCGCUGCUCAACUAUGCCUCCUCUCCCGCCGACCUCACCCUGCGGCUGGAAAGCCUGAGGCAGAACGACACCGGCUUCUACCGCUGCGAGGUGCAGCAGGGCCUGGAGGAUGCUGACGACGUGGCUCACGUCAAGGUCAAAGGGGUGGUGUUCCAUUAUCGUGAUGCAUCCAGCCGCUACGCCUUUACCUUCGAGCUGGGCAGAGAGGCAUGCGAGGAGAUCGGCGCUGAAAUGGCCACUCCAGAGCAGCUCCUGGCCGCCUACCACAGCGGAUACGAGCAGUGCGAUGCGGGCUGGCUCUCCGACCGCUCAGUGAGAUAUCCCAUUCAGAUGCCGAGAGAGGGAUGUUUUGGGGACAUGGAUGGACUGCCGGGAGUGAGGAACUAUGGACAGGUAGAGGCUGAUGAGCUGUAUGACGUCUACUGUUAUGUGGAGAAUAUUGAAGGUGAGGUGUUCCAUGGCUCCGCCCCCCAGCGUUUCACCUUCUGGGAGGCCAAGGCUCACUGUCUGAGUCACGGGGCGGAACUGGCCACCACAGCUCAGCUAUAUGCGGCCUGGAAUGAUGGACUGAACCACUGCAGUCCGGGCUGGCUGGCGGAUGGAAGCGUGCGGUACCCCAUCGUCACCCCCAGAGAGCGCUGUGGAGGCGGUGAGCCUGGGGUCAGAACUGUCUAUCGCUACAGCAACCAGACAGGCUUCCCCGAGGCCGACACACGACAUGAUGUCUACUGCUUCAGAAGCGAUAAAAGCCCUUAUACCGAAUCUCCUCAGGAUUUUCUUGCCACUGAGCCGGAGGACAUUGGCCAGGACAUUGUUUUCUUAACUAAUCCUGCUCAGGGGGAGGUUAGCCUUAGCGAGGUAACAGCAAAAGGGGGCGAAGAGGUGCAACAUGCCCAGACGGUCAGUCCUGUAAAACAGGUUCCUGUGGAGGCUCAGUCCCCAACACUGUGUUAUAACAAGGAGCCAUUGCUCACAGUAGACCUUCAUCAGUCUGUCACUCCUCCAUCUGAGCAUCAACAAACCUUUUCCACCAAAGAUACCUGGGAGCCUGUAGAGAAGGCCAGCUACCCAGAGUCCUAUCAGCCAGCACCUGAAGAAAACCCAGACACAGAUCACGAAGAGUCUCACGAAGUGCAUCCAACAUCUUCUCUGAAGGCUGAUGGCGCAGUAACUGCUGGAGAAGACUCCACUUUACCCACAGCUAAUGAGACAACUUCAGAGAGCAGAGAGCCCUCAGAGUCUCAUUUUUCUGAGAAUAGCCAAGAGACUGAAACCUUGGAUAUGCUAGGUGUUAAUGCAACAUCUGGUGCUGAUGCAAAUGAGCUGCUCAACAGUUCUUCGGAGGUGCAUCAGGAGGGUGAGCUUCCUGUUUCACAUGAGGACCACACUCCAGAUGUCCACUUGGAACAUGCCUCUGAAACUGAGCUGGUCUACUCGAGCACAUCUUACGAUGUUUCAGGACAGCCAGAAGGGGCCAGCACUAGUACUGUUGAGGAGGUAUCCAUGGUGACUACUUCAGCCCUGGCUGGGGAAACUGAUGUCCACUCCACUACACCACCUGUGAACCAUCCAACGGAGGAGGAGUCUGGAGAGGAGAGUGCAAAUCCUCCUCCAGAUGAGGCAAUACAAGACCUGGUAACUCAAAGCUUGAUUGGUAUGGACACCUCUGCCAUUUCUGAACUGGUCCCUUCGACUGAUUCAAGUUACGAUCCUACUCAAGAGCACUCAGGUGUAACGAUGGAGUCCUCCGUCCCAGUCGACCGCGGUGACGGGGACUACAAUAGCACUUCAGGGGAGGCAGCACCGGAUGACCCAACGGAGCAGAGUGGACAAAUCCACUCUGCAGAAAUCCCGACAGCAGAGGUCAUAACAGUCACAGACGAAUCAGGCUCCAGUGUAGAUGCUCCUGUCCUGAACAGCGAUCCUGUCACUUUGUUGACAUCCGUAACCCCGUCUCCCGCUUCUGUGGAGGUUGAGGCCAGCUCCCCAGAGAAUAUCCCCUUCAUACCCGAAAGCACUGCUUCAUCUGGGGCCGGACCUCUGGAGGACCUCCAGGAAAAAAACGAACAGGAGGGAUUAGGAGAAAGCCCAGAAGUAUUUCUCGGCGCUACGCAAAAUAUCACAGGCAGUGGCCCAGAGGAGAGGGAACAAGACGCUAGACAGGGAUCAGGUGAAUCAUCGGGAGAAAGCGCAGAGAUGACACCAGAACUUCUGUUGACAAACCCGACUGUCUCAACAGACCACACUUCUGAGGGAACUGAUGGUGUGGCUGGCACUGGUGCACCUCCUCCAUCAGAUGUAAAAGUCACACUGAUCCCUCAUCUGACCCUCACACCCGGCUGGGAACCAGAGCCCUUCUCCUCCACGCCGCAGGAGUCUCGCUCUGAUCGAGAAUACAGCGCUGAGCCUCCUGCUGCUGAGGAGUCCGAUGAUGUCUCUAAAGAGCGAGAGGUCGUGCUGGAGAACACCACCAGCAGCGUUAAUGAGCAUGGAUCCGAGACAGGUGAGGGGGAGACCGGCACAGAGAGGCCCUCAGUUGAAAUAUUUACAGGGCAUCCGGAUGAGGAGGAGACUCCCAGUCCGACCCUCACCACAGACAUUCAGGAUGUGACCAUCUCUGCUCCCGCUCUGCACCCGGAGGACUUUAAAAAAGAUGAGGAGGAAGAGGCAGCCGCGGCUGCUGCCAGGGUUUCUGCUGCGAGACAAGGAGCCAUUUCAGACUUCUGCCUGGACAGCCCUUGUUUAAACGGGGGCACUUGUGUCGACGGUGAAUCAACAAAGUGCCUUUGUCUGCCCGGUUAUGGAGGAGAUCUGUGCCAGACAGACCUGGAGGAGUGUGAGCCAGGCUGGGAGAAGUUUCAGGGCUUCUGUUAUCGGCACUUUACCAAGAGGCAGAGUUGGGAGGCGGCCGAGCAGCACUGUCGGCUGUGUGGCGGACAUCUGAUUUCUGUCAUGACCCCCGAGGAGCAGGACUACAUCAACGACAAGUACAGAGAAUAUCAGUGGAUUGGACUAAAUGACAGAACCAUCGAGGGAGACUUCCGCUGGUCGGACGGGAACCCUCUGCUCUAUGAGAACUGGUACAGAGGCCAGCCUGACAGCUACUUCCUGUCCGGUGAGGACUGUGCGGUGAUGGUGUGGCACGACGGCGGCCACUGGAGCGACGUACCGUGCAACUACCACCUGUCCUACACCUGCAAGAAGGGCGUCUCCUCCUGUGGCGAGCCCCCCCAGGUUCCCUACGCUAAAGUGUUUGGGAAGAAGCACUUGCGUUAUGAGACGAACACCAAGGUGCGGUACUACUGCGAAGAGGGUUAUGUUCAGAAACUAGAUCCUGUGAUCAAGUGCCUGCCCAGCGGCCAGUGGGAGGAGCCUCUGGUUACCUGCGUGCCAAGAGCCCAUUCAGUGGAAGAAGACUCAGUAACCUUACCUCCUCACCAGAAUGAGGAGGAGGUCGUGGAGGUCGAGGAGGUCAUCGGCACGGCCACAGAGAGAGCAACGCCGCUGUUGUGGGACAUUAAGUGGAAUGUGUAA